UUGCAAUGCGCACACACUUCCUGAUGGAGCUGCUCCUGCGAAGAAUAAAAAUACACUCCUAGCAAGCCAGCUAGACGAGUUGAGAAAAAGUUAUGUCUGGCUGUGUAGUGGAUAGAGAAAGACUAUUCUUUAAAAUGGACGAUAUUCCUCGGUUUCCUGUACAUUAAUAGCAGAAAAUAUCCCCAUGCACAGAGAGCCACCGGCACUGGCGACAAGACAACUGCGAAGGUAAGCUACUAGCUGACGUUAGCUAGUAAUGUCUCUAACGUUACCAUCUGCCGACAUACUUGAAACACCUCCUGGGUAUCCGUUUGAAGAAAUCAACUAUGAGGAUAUUGAAGUCGAGGAGGUGGUGGGGAGAGGAGCUUUCGGGGUUGUUUGCAAAGCCAAAUGGAAAGGCAACGAUGUUGCAAUCAAGACCAUUGAGAGUGAAUCCGAGAGGAAAGCCUUUAUUGUCGAGCUCCGGCAGCUUUCACGAGUGAAUCACCCCAACAUUGUAAAGUUGUACGGCUCGUGCAAUAACCCAGUCUGCCUUGUGAUGGAAUACGCUGAAGGCGGGUCGUUGUACAAUGUGCUGCAUGGUGCUGAACCCCUCCCCUAUUACACUGCUUCCCAUGCCAUGAGCUGGUGUUUUCAGUGUUCCCAGGGCGUCGCCUACCUCCAUGGCAUGAAACCAAAGGCUCUCAUUCACAGGGACCUCAAGCCACCCAAUCUGCUUCUAGUGGCAGGCGGCACUGUGCUGAAAAUAUGUGACUUUGGGACAGCAUGUGACAUUCAGACCCACAUGACUAACAACAAAGGAAGUGCAGCAUGGAUGGCCCCAGAGGUAUUUGAAGGUAGCAAUUACAGCGAGAAGUGCGACGUGUUCAGCUGGGGGAUCAUUCUCUGGGAGGUGAUCACUCGCAGGAAGCCCUUCGAUGAGAUCGGAGGACCGGCUUUUCGCAUCAUGUGGGCCGUGCACAACGGCACUAGACCUCCUUUAAUCCACAAUUUGCCCAAGCCCAUUGAGAGCCUGAUGACUCGCUGCUGGUCUAAAGACCCCUCUCAGCGGCCCUCUAUGGAGGAGAUCGUGAAGAUCAUGACUCAUCUAAUGAAGUACUUCCCAGGAUACGAUGAACCGCUCCAAUAUCCAUACCAGUAUUCAGAUGAUGGGCAGAGCAACUCGGCCACUAGCACAGGUUCAUAUGUGGACUACACCGGCACUAGCACAAGCAGCAAAAGCGACGCCAACAUGGAGCACAGUGACUCCCAAGGGAGCAACGACACUAUCAAGAUCACGCCUCAGUUCGCUCCUUACUUCAAGCCCAAGGCAGACCCAUUGAGGACUCUGCCUCUGUCGAGGGGGGGCAGCGUCGAGAGCCUGCCCGCGCGGACGCAGUGCCCCACGCUGUCCGACAACAAGAGGAUGAGCGCCGACCUGUCGGAGCUGGAGCCCAAGAUGCCAUUCACGCCUGCAGCACAUCCCCAGUAUAAACGAGGCCACCGUAAAACGGCAUCGUACGGCACGAUUCUGGAUGUCCCCAAGAUCGUCGUCACAGCCUCAUCGGAUCCUCAGAGACGUCGGUCCGUGCAGGAUCUGCCGGGCAUUGGCACGGAGUCCAGCCAGGGGAGCAGGAACAGCAGCCGGCCCUCCAGUCCGAGCCUGAGGAUGAUGCCCGAUAAGACGUACUUCUCCCCCGACGACCCCACAGACACCAACGGCUCGGACAACUCCAUUCCCAUGGCGUAUCUCACCCUGGAUCACCAACUGCAGCCUCUCGCUCCCUGCCCCAACUCCAAAGAGUCCAUGGCCGUGUUUGAGCAGCACUGCAAGAUGGCCCAGGAAUACCUGAAAGUGCAAACGGAGAUCGCCCUGCUGAUCCAGAGACAGAAAGAGCUCAUCGCUGAACUAGACCAAGACGAGAAGGACCAGCAGAACACGUCCCGGCUGGUGCAGGAGCACAAAAAGCUGUUGGAGGAGAACAAGAGUCUGUCCACAUACUACCAGAAGUGCAAAAAGCAGCUGGACCUGAUCCGGGUCCAGCAACAGAAGAGACAGGGCACGUCGUGAUGGGACAGAGACCUGUAUGAACUGCACCCAAUCGCCCUCCCCUGCCCAACGUCCGCUUUCCUCACCCCGACACUAACACUACCCAGUCAUUACUCUGCGCGCGCCCACACCCACCCACCCACACCCACACACUGUUCCCAGUCCAGCUUUGUAAAGAGACCCGUGUCCUGCAUGUCGCAUCGUAGACCCCUCAACGUCUGUCCGGUCCGAAGAUGACGUCCUCUGUACGUACAUUUGCACAUCCUUGCAGUGUAUUCUGUGAGUGCAGACCAAACAAUCACUGCAGCCCACAAACCCUGCCGCUGCGCUCUGGGGUUGGACCGGGAAAUACUCCCAUCCCCCCACCCCCCCCCCCCCCUCCGGAACCUCUUGUGGGUGCAACGAACGGCGGGCCGACCGGUGCAGGUCGUGUCUUUGCUCUGUCGGCUCCUCGGCCCGGCAGCCCCCCCCUAGUAAAAAAGGGGGGGGGAUUGGGGGGGUGGAUCAUAUGCAAGAACCCCUUGGAGAUCGGUGAGGAUCUUUGAACCUGUUCUACAGCGUGUUUGUGUGGAAUCACUGUUAUGCAAACCGCACGCCCCUUAAAUCCACCGAUCUAUGUGUCCCCCAUUUGUCAUCGUGAGCAUGGCGCCUGGUCAUUUCCACGAGAUGUCAGUCCUUUGGACAGGUACUUUGUCUCCCGGGGGGGGGGGGAGGGAGAGACGUCUGUCAAACCUGGAUGCACCAUUAUUAAUCUGCUCCUCAUGCUCUUUAAAUAAGACACACACACACCCAGCUUCUCGAAGCAAACGGGGAGCUGCAGAUUCCUCUUUUUAUUUGGACUUUGGAUUUGAUCUUUCUUGAGUGUCUGUUUUUUUUCUUGUCUUUUUUUAUUCAGUAGUUCCCUCUGUAUGAUGGCCCUUGUCAGAUCUGCGUUAGGACAUGUUUUAUCUGCUCUGGAAAUUCCCUUGCGGACAAAAAUAGAGGAGCCUGUACCUCUUUUUACAGCAUCUGGUUUGUUUUUAGUUCACAUGAUGCCUUAGAAGUUGCCUGCUUGUUUUUACGUGACAUUUAGUGGGGAUAAAAGAUACCAAAAUAUAUAUAUAUAUAUUUUCAAUGUAAUGGAUAGUGAAUGAAUUUCUCCCCAGAGGUGAGUGAGAAGGAUUUAUGUGAAAAAGCUGAUAAUGUAAAUGUUUAAGAUCAGCUUGACAUCCAAAACACAACAACAUGUACUCUAAAAAGAAUGUGAUCUUUGUUUUUGUUUCUUUCCCCGGUUUUCAUAUCCCUUAAGUACUUUUGCACAAUCACUUUUGGUUUGUCGGGUCAUGUACAAAUUUUAUCUCCCAUUUAAGAAAUUCUGGUUUUAAAGGGGAAAGACUUGAUGAGUCUUACUUUUAAAAUGGGUUACCGUAAAGGAGCGAAGCCUCACCCAAUGUCCCUCGUGGGUGAGUUUACCAAUGCACGCACCACGCUGUUCAUGAAGUGUUUCCUACGGUGUGGGGGACUGAGCUACAGUUAUGACCGGGAGCGAGGCAUUAUGAAAUAAAAUGAAUGGUGACAAAGAUG